AUGGUCAAGAACGUGCGGCCCGCGGUGGGUCAGACUGGAUACGUCAUCACCAACCAUCACGUAGUGGAGGGAUACUCCCAGGUCAACGUGGUAGUCAACGAUUCGUCAACCUAUCGCGGCACGGUGCAGGGCUCCGACCGUGUGCGCGACCUGGCGGUGGUGAGCAUCUGCUGCGACAGAUUUCGCGCGUUGCCCUUCGGCGACGCAUCACGUCUGGAGCCCGGCGACGAGGUGGUCGCCAUCGGAUACGCGCUGGGGCUCUCUGGACAGGCCAGCAUAACCCGCGGCAUUGUGUCAGCCAUGCGCUACGACAACCGACGGCAGAGCAACGUAAUUCAGACCGACGCCGCCAUCAAUCCGGGCAACAGCGGGGGGCCGAUGCUCUCGAUGACCGGUGAGAUCCUCGGCAUCAAUACCUUUCGAAUCGACGAAUCGGAUUCGGGGAGGGCUGCGGAGGGCCUGGGGUUUGCCGUAUCGGAGACGACGGUGCGGCAGCGCCUCCCGGCAUUGAAGACCGCCCGGGCGGCUCCAACCUCCACGCCAACGCGCCGCCCCGCUCCCACGAGCUCAUUCGGCGCAUACGGUUUCGGCCCGACCAGCGGGGAGCUGUGGCACGACCCAUCCGACGGGUUGAUCAAGACCGAGUUCGCCGAUGUCUUUGUUUCCGAUCUGUUGGUGUGGGCUACUUUCGUGAAUCCCUACUCUGCCGCAUCUCACGGUUGGGAUUAUGGAUUCAUCAUUCGAGGGACUGGUGCGGGGGUGUACGCCGCCGAAAUGGUUCAAAUCGUGGUAACCAGCCGUGGACGGUGGGAACUCUCCUCUCGCCAGGGAGCAAGUUCAGGUAGCAGGGUGAUUGCGCGAGGGACGCUCAAUUCCUUUGACACGAGUGCCGGAGGGCGAAACCGGCUUUGGGUUGCCGCCCUUGGUGGGAGAGGUUUGCUCUUCGUCAACGGAGAGUUCAUAUCCUCGCUGGACCUGUCCCAGAUAACAGGAGCAGGCGAUGUUGCCAUAAUCACAGGGGCGUUCACUGGAAAUGAGGUUGCCGGAGCCGUCACCCGGUUCGAAGACUUCCAGGUCUCACAUUUGCGUAAGAGCUACGGCCCGGCGAGCGGAACUCUGCAGGGGGAGCCUGAAUUUAUCGCAACCCAUUCCAGUGGCGUAUGGACCAGAAAUUUGGUAGCUGAAGCGACUUUCACCAGUCCGCGAGGCAAUGACUGGGACUAUGGAUUCACAAUCCGGAACCCGGAAUCAAGCCGCCUCGAGGCCGUCGGAAUAGACGGUUUGGGACGCUGGUUCCACAAGUCGCGGGACGUAGGUGACGCAGUAUAUCAGGAUAUUUCGAGCGGCCUUCUGCGCGCUCACGGUGUAACUCUCGGUGGUCGCAACCACUUGGUCCUGGUCGCACUUGAAGAUGUGGGAUGGUUUUCGUGA